AUGUCAAGAAAUGAGUUAGAUAUCAUCUUUGAGCAUUACGAUAUCGGAUUAAUUGUUCUCACGAAAAUUCACAACAUAAGAAAAAAAUAUGAAGAUGAAAAAAAUAGCAUGAAGAAUGAUGACAAUAACCUGGACAAAGAAGAUGCGGAGUCGUUUGAACAAGAAGUCAGAUCCUUCUUCCUGAACUAUAAGAUGGACCCUCCACAUGGCCAAAAUGAUGACACAGAGAAUGGGAACAAUAAUGGCCAUAAGAACGAUGGAAAGAAUGUCAUAAAUGAUCAAAUGGAUAGAGACAACUCGAACAAUUCAGGCGUUAGGAAGAGUAAUUCCUUUCCAUCCACUGCAAAGACAGAGGGGAAAAAACGAGAAGGCGAUACUAAGGAGCUUCACAGUGUAUCGGAAACAGCGCCUCAAAAAGUUGACCACAGGGAUAACAACAGUUUUGUGCAGAGUGCCAAACAGAAUACCGCCCAAGAUGCAGGUAUUAAUCGAACUCCACAUACCAAUGCCCAUCAAACAACUUGCAACGAAGUUACCAACAAAAGUAUGUUAAAAUCAGAAGGAACAACUUACAAUCAUGAAAUGUGCCGAAGAAACAUAAAAUUAGAGGUGGAACAAAGCCAUGGUGAAAAUGAGUCGAGAGUAAGAGAGCACCCGGAACAGGUAAAUAACACCAGAACUAACGGUCACAACACAUUGAGCUCAAAUGAGAAUCCUUCCCUUAAGCUAAAAUAUUUAAAUCGUGCUAGCCAUAACCUGAUAGAAACAAAAAAAAGAAAUGAACAGGAAAUAGGAAAGAUUAUCAAAAUAGAGACAAAUGGUGAAGAGAAAGAUAAAGGCCAAAUGAGGACGGGUCAAAUGUGUCAGAAUAUGCAUGCGCAGAAGCACCCACAGAGGGAGAAACAAGGAGGAGGAUCUAAAAAUGGAGAGGGCAGAAAGGAAAUCAGAGGGGGGGAACAACGCGUGGCGGUAGAAGUGAAAAAGGAAAUUGUGCGAAAUGAAGCAGACCAGGGUGGAAGUAGCAAAGAUGGUGAAAACCCAAAUGGUGAACACACAUAUGGUGAACACACAAAUGGUGAACACACAAACGGGGAAAACCCACACGGGGAGCACCCAAACAACGCAAGCAAUCAUUACAGGGGUGAGAAGAUAGAACCCAGGAGAGAGCCCCAUGACACCAUUUUCCCCGAACGAAAGAAAAACGAAAUUUACAAAAAAUUCAGCAAAAGAAUCAAGAGAAAAAAAAUUAACCAGUUUGUAGAUCACCCAGACGAGCACUGCUUUUACAUCACGGAUCUGUGCAAAAAGGGAACCAUGCUAUCGCUCAAGAAGAACGAAUUUACCAACCAGCAUAGAGAUAAAUAUAAAUUUCCCUUUUACCCGAAUUUUACAAACCCUCUAGGCACCAACCAAUACCUCCCAUUCAUUGGAGAAGUACAGCCUUUAAACAAUACUCUCAUGAAACUCAAAUUAUUUAAGCAGCUAAAUGAAAAAACCCUCACCCCAGGCACCCUUAAUCAAUUAGGUCACCCGCAGAAUAGUAAAAAAAAAAGAUCAUCUAAUUCAUGUGCCUCAUUUGACGAAUACGACAUUUUACAAAGCUGCUACCAAGUAGAUAAAAAUGACAUGUCUAACCACAUCUACACCCUCGAUAACGUCGAAAGUGUAGUUUAUAAUACCUGUGACUCUUCAUCCUUCAUCAAUUUACAAAAUAUUGCUUGCGACGUGAAAGAAGUGGACGUCCCAGCUGGCGGAAGAAAUGCAAGCAGCCAAAGCGAGACACGUGCCCUCAGCUUUAGCAGCAUGAAGGGGGAUUACGAGAAGGGAAUUGUUGAAAAUAAGGACGAAAAACACAGAGGGGACGCCUCCGCCAAGGGAUGCUAUGACAAGCGUGCUGCAACAAAUAAUAGAACUGAUGAGGGUGAUGCAACCAAUGGAAGAGGUGACCAUCGCAUCACCGCCCAAAGCAGAAGUGAUCCAUGUAAAAGAUUAAAAAACGAUCAGCACGAUUUCCAGAAGAAAAACCCACUGCAUUGGUGGGGCAAUCUCGCAACAGGGAAACCCACUUAUAGGGAGAAACAAAGAGAAGCAACAGAACAGAUCAGCCCAAUAAGCCAUUUUACCCACCUCGUAAAACGCGAACCGACACUCCUCACGACCGAUCAUCACCACAAACUGUACAACAAAGGAAAUUAUAUUUUAUGCUCAAUUGAUCCCAAUGCUGUGGCAACCCCUGACCACAAGAAUGAACACUUUCUCAAUAUAACCACCCACUUGGAAGACAACAUGGCGGGCAAUAGCAGCUAUCCAAAUAGUACAUACCCACAAAAUCCACAGUGCUCAGCGUACCCACAAUGCUCAACGUACCCACAGUGCUCAGCAUACCCAGAAUACUCAGCAUUCCCAGCAUACUCAGCAUUCCCAGCAUACUCAGCAUUCCCAGCAUACUCAGCAUACCCAUCGUACUCAUCACUCCCUUUCAAUUCAAUUUUGCAAGGAAGUCACACGAUAAGCAGCCACCUUAGCAGCAAUAACGUGGAGAAUUAUUUCACCAGCCCGGAUGGCACAAAUUAUAGGAUUAUAAAUAUGAGUUUCAACCCCAAUAGCAGCAUCCCAGCAAAUGUGUACAACAGCCCUGUGGUGAACCCCCCCCAUAAGGGUAUGUACCCCAUGAGUAGUAACAAUUAUAUCCUUAACAGAAACAGAAUAGGCAUAUUCUCUGAUGAGAACACUCUCACGGAUAAUCCCCUUCCAAACUGCAAUUUAAAUGUUAGCUGCUUCAAAAAUGACUUAUUUCAUGCAAGAAAAAGUUCUUCUCAUAAUAAUUAUUACCACCAUUUAAAUCCAUAUUCCAUUUUCAAGAAUAGUAAUGAUCCAGGUAUAACCAUCCCCAAUUAUUACAGCAAUGGUUACACCAGAAUGAACAACCGAAGCAGUAGUUACACUAACGGAAGAAUACCCAACAUGGCUCUUUUCUUCGCAGAUAGGCAAUACAUAGAUACGUUUGCAGAAAAUUACACGAAACGAAGUUUCCUUGAUAGGAAUCCUUCCAACCAAGACCCUUCAUCGCAGAUGUGUAACCACAACUUCGCUCCUUGCAUGUGUAACGGAAAUAAGCAUCUAAACCACCAGACAAGCGGCAGAAAUAGUCUGUUCGAUACCAAUCAGUACACUGCCAAUCACAUUGGAAGCACUUCGCAUAGGGACAAAAAGAGAGGCAACACUCACAAUCUAUCAGUAACAAACCGUAAUCAACUAUUCAACGUAUCAUACAAGGAUAAUAUUAAUCCAUUUGGCACAUCAAUACCUGGGAAGUGUUUCCGCAACACCAGUGCAAUCAACUUGGAGAAGCAGCCUACCCGUUCUGCGAACAUUUUAAUCAACGUCCAAAAUGAACCUGGACAAGGAAUAAAAAAAAUCCAAUCGCUGCUAACUGAUUCGUCAAGUGGCCAGAUGUGCUCAUUUAAAGAUGGAUUGUCGACGGUGAAUAGACCGGCAAGCCUCCAUGACGUUGCCGUGCAUUAUCUUAGCCAUGAAUUACCCAUUAUAAUUGAGAGCUGCGAUGCAGUCCACGAUGCUGGCAACGAUACAGGAGGAAAGCCCGGCAAAACUGUUAAACAAAAAAUAGGAGUCAAACACACAGACGCAGUCCAGGGCGGAGAAAAAUGGAGCCCAGAUCACCACGUUGAAGGUAAGCAUAUAAUCAGGCAAGGAAGAAGCCCCAGUAAUAACGGAGAAGCAACGCAGGUAAACCCCAACAGCCACCCGUCUCUCACAGAAAUAAAUUAUACAGAUAUCCGCAAUCCCAAUAGCGAGGAAGCGCAUCAAAACGCAGGCCCAAAUUAUGCAUUGACAAAGAAGUUGCACAGGGGAGAAAACAAGGAGUCAGGAAAUGCAGGGGAUCUAAUCUGUGCAGAGGAAGUCCGAACAGAUUUUUCCCACAACAAUAAAACAAUGAGAAGGUAUAGCAACAGACCAAACUUGGAAAAGCAUGAGAAGGAGUAUUUCCACUGGAUGCGCAUGGGCGAAGUGAGUAAACAGAGAGCCGAAUUAGGGGGCGCCCCCAACCACGUCUUUAACCCUGACGUUGAUCAGGAGCAGCAACAGAAGCAUCGGUACCACCACCAAUCGCAACAGCUGGAUCUUCCCCAGGCAGAGGAUCCCCACUUUUGCGCGAACGCGCAACACGAACAUCUCAAUGAGAAGGGCAAUAUCUUCCCGUCCGCUUCCAACCAGCGGUACAGCCCCAAGUUGGAAGUCCCCAUUAUCCCCCUCUACACGUAUGAGCAAGACGACGCAGGGAAUGAAAAGAAAACCAACAGCAGCAACAGCGAAGUAAUUAUGUGCCCGCCUACGUACCAUGUGAAUUACUUCCCCCAUCCGAUAAAAAGCGAACCCCUUUUUGAUUUCCAAAAUGGGUAUAAUCAAGUGAGAGAAAAAAAUAAGAAUGCGCUAAAUUACCAUGUUGAGAAAGAUAAUUACACACCUGACCUUAACAACACGGACCAGGUUCUCCUUGAAAGCACCACAGAAAGUAUAAUUCCCUACAUGAAUGAGCCCUCACCAUCGCUACAAUUACACAAAAAGGACGAACUGAGUGACCCCCUUUUCUUCAACACCAAUGAGCAAAGAAGGGACACCAACAAUGCCAUAAACCAUGUAAACUAUUUCCCAUUGCAAAAUGGAUACUACAAUAAGGAAGACAAAUACAGUAGAAUUAAAGACAUCAACAGAAUGCUCGUUCAAAAUAGUGAAAGUUACGUUUUAACAAAGCAGGAAAUUUAUAGGAAUGCCACUCAUAACAAUGUACACUUGCAAUCACAUGGUAUGAAUAACUUUACACUUUCGAUGAAGAAUGAUGAACUGGUGGACUGUACGAUGGACGGAAAUGUGAAUGUGGACAUCAUAAGGGACGCCCUGAACAACAGUGGCGGUAAUACCCUCAACGCGGACCUCCGCAAAAGCAUGGCCAGCAAUGCGAUUAACAGAAUGGAGGCGAUUAGCGCUGUAAACACGAUCAACACCAUUAACACCAUUAACACCGUCAAUACGGUCAAAACUGUAAACAACAUGAACAUCUACACCAACAGCGUUGUAGACGAAAAGAUAAAGCGAAGUGAAUUCCCAGCUGAAAACAUCGACUACCCACAGGGCGACGUAAUUGUGAACAACUACCUGGUGGAUUCCCACUUGAACACGCCACAACAGUUGCACUAUUACGAAGAGGAUCAUAUGACCCCCACGAACUUUCCACACCUGAAUGAUCAUUAUACGAAAAAUAAAUUUCUAUGUUUGGAGAAUAAAGAUUAUGCUGAACCUAUCAACAUGGCACCAGUGCAGCUUACUCAACAGGAUAAUUACGACAAUACAAUUAACACCAAUGUAGAAGAGCUAAGCAUUUUCUAUCCCUAUCACGUGAUGGGUAGGCAAAACGAUGACCAUCAUAGUUAUAUGCCCUACGAUUCUAACAACAACAAUGAACAGCUGAAUCCAAAUUCCUCCUCUUAUGGCGGCAAUGCAGACAAUAUGAACCCAUUUAACGAUGAUGAGCUAAAUGUUUCAUACAACAACUGUUACUUAACCGGGUACAACAUGGAUAAUUAUUACGACGACCCAAAUGAACGCAACGUGUAUGAACAGGGCCUACUUAACCAAUUUAAAAGUAUCCAUGGGGAAAACCCCUUCCAGUUUUACAACCCAUUAAGUGCGUAUGCAGAAGGGAGCGUCGACAAAGACGGGUUCUCCUGCAGACACGUGAAGGAGAGCGCGAACAUGAAUGCGCACAGCAUUGAGCACAUCAGUGAGCACAACAAUGAUCACACCCGUGAGCACAGCAUUGAGCACACCAAUACACACACGAGCAUGAUAGUGCACAGCGUAAUCGCGCCGCGAGUGGGGGAACCCCCCGACCACUCUAACAACAGGCUGGAUACCUUCGACCAGCACGCUGAAGCGAAAACUGAUGGAGAAAAUAACAACGCUAGUGCAGGAAGCGGUAUCCGAAAUGGAAACAAUAUCACCAAUAGCAACGAUAAUGAAGACGGCACGAUAAUCCACACACCCACCUUUUACAAUCACGCGACGAACAGCCUAUAUAGGAAAGCCAAUCUGGAAAACAAAAAGAACAUGAGCGAAAACAACCCAGACUAUUCUCGAACGCCAAGAAGCGACAGCUUUAACAAUAUAAAUGAAAAAUAUCAGCCAUCACAGCUAGACAGAGGUAACAACCUAUACGCCAGUACCCAAAGCAACAUUACUAAAAACAAUUCUCUAUGCGACUUCUUUCAGAGAGGAAAUAAUGAUAAUUACGAAAUGAUUGCCAAUCUAACACCUAGAGAGUCACCCAACUCUUACAUUAAUGCUACCAAUAACAAAACACCUAUGACCAGCUUCAAUUCGAAUGUCACCGCUGAAGUGAGGGAUUUUAACAACAGCGCAGAUGUGUCCAAUGUCCACACAACAGAAGACAUAACAAAUAUUUUUACCAACAGCGUAGAACAGGACAAAUGGGACCACUUCUUAGAUCACACGAAUACUAUCUACCAUGAUCCCACCGUGUACAAUUUUCAUGACUAUUGUAGUGGCCAAAACAGUGUGGAAAUUAGAAGCCAUAUGCAGAAUCUACUACCUUAUAACAAUUUGGUUAGCUCAAAUGACAUUCUCCCAAGCAAUCUCAAUGGCUCUGUAAGAAAAUACACUAACGGGAUGACCGACCAAAGCAACAGCAACAGUUGUUACACAGAUACUGUGACUAACUACAACCAGUGGAAUACUUGUAAGAGCAUACCAGUAACCAAUUUGAGCUUAACGAAAAUGCAAAAUGGAAGUAUAGGAAAAGACAGCUUCCCCAGUGAUGUCCUCCCUUUUAGUUACCGUAGACAUGCCCAUACGAGUGAUAAUAACAGGACGGAUAAACGGUUUAACCAGUUGUGCGGCGACCCAACGAGUGAAGAUAGAUUUGCCAUUGUAAAACAGGAAAAGGAGUUUCCCACGGAUAGAGGUAGAAAUUCAGAUGAACAAAAUGACGCACAGGUGUGUGGCCCUCAUAACGGCGGAGGCACGUACGGUCCAGAAAAUAUUCCCCUCCAACAGAUCAUAGGCUAUUUCAACCCAUAUAAUAACAGCUACAACGUUAUGCAUCCCGUAAAUUAUCGCCAUAAUUUCUUCAAUGGAGAAAAUUUCCAUCCAGAUAUUGCUCCCCACAAUUUUAACCAAAUGAACGACCAUGACGAAAACAGCGCCCUGGGUUCUAAGAGCCCAUUUCUGUGCAUAAACAAAGAACCCACAUCUGGACAAGCAAACAGUGCCAUUACGUACGACAUGACUAACGAAAUGAACCCACUCGUAAGCACUUCACAGGAGAGCGAUUACAACACCAACUGCUAUAAUCUACAUAAUGGGGUGGAAGUAAAGAAGGAAAUAUUCUCAAACGAUUUAAAAGACACCACACCUUUUGAUAGCUAUCAAAAUGGGUACCAUCUAACAUUUGAAGGAAAUGCGGAUAAACGAAACGCACCACUCAAUCACAGCCAUCACGCAUAUUCUCCUAAUCUCCGUAUGAACAACUCGUGUCAGAACGCGUACGAUGCCACAUCAAAUGAGCUCCUAAAUUACAAACAUCAACCGUGUAAUAAUACAAACGACUUAAAUGCAGUGGGAAACAAUUUGAUGAAUGUCAUUGGAUUAAACAAGAUGUGCAAACUCAGAGACAAUCUAUACGGCAUGCCACAUUUGAGAGAGGAGAAACGGAAAAAUAGAACACGAUCAAGUUAUCCAGUCAACGGAGGGAGCAAUAACACAGAAGAGAAUAACCCAAUUACCGCAACAUAUAUGAACAAUCCAAACAAAUUGAUCACUCCGAAGGAGGAGAGGACGGAAAAUAUAAAUUUCUUGGUUCCCUGCACAAGUAGGAGUAAGAACCGAAGCAGCACAGACAAGUUAAGCUCCUUUUUUGGUAACACGGUUGUCAGUAGAAACUGCCUGAAUAAUAAGAACUGCUCCUUGCAGAAGCAUAGUGCCUUGUGCAACACUUUACGAAAUGGAAGCAGUCUUGUCAGUAGAGAAAUUGUCGACCACGAUCCGGUGAGCUGGAAUUUCCUGAGGAAUAAUAAUUAUAAUACCUACAUGUAUCUGUUUUAUUUAUAUAAACAAAUUCAGAACAGCAAUCACAUCAACAAUAAAAAUGUAGCAGAUGGCACAAAUGAUUGCAGUGGAAGCGUGUAUGUCCGAAAAAACUUAAUGGAUCUGGAUAAACUGCACAUCCCCUUGUGCAAUAGUAGCAUCCCCGAUGACACGGACGAGGGACGCGAAAAGUACGCUAAUGAGGAACCCCUAAGCAGCCAGAAAAAACGAACCCAACAAAGCAGUGAGACACACCCCGAAGAUGCAUUCCAAAAUGUGCCCCCACAAAAAACAAACCAGGACAGCAAAAACCAUUACAUAGAAACACAAAAAUCAGUUAACAACAAACCUUUCGAUGUAGACUCAGGUAAAAAUGUGACCAACGAAAUAAGGAGCUACCUCCAAAAUUAUCAGAACCAACUAAACUGCAUUAACAACGUUAAAGAUACCUUAACCAAUUGUAAUGUAAAUAACGUAUGUGUCCUCAAUAAAAAUUAUCCACCAAAUUACCCUUCACAUUUAUUAAACUGCAACACGAUGGGUAGUAACCCGCUAAGUAGCAACCCGCUUUGCCGAAAUGUAUUAAACACUGUCCACCCGUCACAGCAUGGUAAUUAUAGUACACACUAUUUGGAUGAAAAGAAUAAGCUGUUAUUAAAUGAGGAUGGUAAAAACCACCUAAGCAGUAACAUUAACCUAGCCUCGAACCAAUUGAAGAACACCCUCCACAAUGACGGUAGAACCCCAAAUACUGCCAGACGCCUCGACAUUCCUCUGAUGAAUUAUUACAAUUUUCAGUUGUUACUCAACUACCUUAGGGAAAAACAGAUCUACAAUUCGAUGAACCAAAACGCUGCACAGGCUGGCACUGAUCUGAGAGGCAAGAGCCAUCGCGGCGAUGUGACUGCCAAAACGAACGGGAUCGACAACAGCAACCGAAACGACUACGACAGUAAGAACAGCGGUGAUGGCAAAAGCACCCCCAAGGACGGUGCGAAGAAUGCCGGGAAAACAAAUGCCAAAGGGGGGAACGCCAAAACUUCGAGGAAGCACAGCUAUUCUAUAUCCUCCGUGGGGUUCAGCAACAGAAGCAAGAGAUGGACCAUUUGCCCCUCUUACGUCUGCUGCAACAGCGCCCUCUGCAGAUUCAAACUCACGUGCAAUUUCAAGUUCUUGCAAUUCAACGAGGAUUAUAAUACGUUUAACACCCCAUGCGCUAUAUACGACUGCUACAGAAAUAUUAUGAACAAACAUAAUUACUUUACCUCCACGUUGUGCCCACAACAAACUUACCUAUCCAAACACUCAGUACAGCAACACGAAACGAUUUUCAACGUGUACUGGCACCUGCUAAACAAGGAAAAGUAUCAGUACAUACAAAAUAUUAUCCUGUUCCUGGACAGCAGUUUGUACACGAGAGCCGUGUGGUUACUAAAAAGGGGUUACAGCAUGGACGACUUGCAAGUCCAGAAGGCGGAAAGAAAAUUGAUAAAGUUAAUGCUGCUAGUUUUCAAAUUUACCCAUGAAUACAAAGAUGACCCUGGUAAAUACGAGCAUAUCAAAUCCUUCCUCUAUUCCCUGAAGGGCAGCCACAUCAAUUUUGAACUCAUGAAUCGCUUCCUCUUCUAUUGA